AUGGCGCAUCUUGUGGAGGAUGCGGCUCCUAUUGGCUCGCUGCUAGUUCCCGAUUUGAAGCUGUCACCAGCGAAAGAAGCGGAGCGAGCGGCAUACGCGCCCGUUAUUUUAUUUUAUGCAAAGCUACCGACGGCCGCAGCCACCGCCCUCCCCAACAGCCGGGCGCCUCGCCAACGCAACAGCGCAGCUCAAGUCCGCCGAGGAUCCAAUCAAGACGGCCCACGACAGCAAGACACGGCGUUUUUCAUGGCGCAGCUCUGGGAUGGCACCGGUUUCAUCGCGCAGACGGCCGUCGUCACCUUUUCGCUGUCCCUCGCCGGGCGGCUGCUCGCGCGGCCCCUGAGCCUGUUUUCGUGGCACCCGCUGUCGCAGCUCCUCGGCCUCGUGACGCUGCUGCAGUCCAUCCUGGUGCUGCAGCCGACGCACGACGCGGGGCAGAAGCGCGUCGGCCAGGCGGUGCACGCCUGGCUCAACCUGGCCUCGUUUGCGGCCUUCUCCGCCGGCUUCGCCGCCAUCUACCUCAACAAGGAGCGCGGCGCGGCGCCGCACUUUGCCAGCCUGCACGGCGCGCUCGGCGCCGCGCUGACGAUGCUGCUCUGGGCCCAGUACGCCGUCGGCUUCACCAUGUGGGCGACGCCGGCGCUGUACGGCGGCGAGGCGCGCGCGCGUGCGCUGUGGAAGCUCCACCGCGCCGGCGGCUACGCGAACCUGCUGCUGAUCCUGGCGACGUUUGGCACCGCGGCGGACACGGGCUUUGUGCGCAACGUGCUCAACGUCGAGCGCUGGGUGUUUUACGUGCCCAUGGCUCUGAUUGCGGUCGGCGUACUGCCGCGCGUUCAUCUUUAUAAGAUGGGCUUUGGGAAGAGGAAGGCGUAG